GAAAAAAAAAACACCAAUCGAGAGGCCUCAACCAAAAGCCGAACACACCCUCCGGAGGUUGGCGAGGGAGGACGGCUAGAAUGGAGAGCAACAAGGUGGUGGUGUGCGACAACGGCACCGGGUAUGUAAAGUGCGGCUUUGCGGGAGAAAACUUCCCUACAUCUGUCUUUCCUUGUGUCGUUGGACGGCCAUUGCUUCGCUAUGAGGAGUCACUCCAGGAGCAAGAAUUGACAGAUAUUGUGGUAGGAGCUGCUUGCGCUGAUUUGAGACAUCAGCUUGAUGUAUCAUAUCCUGUCACAAAUGGGAUUGUUCAAAAUUGGGAUGAUAUGGGCCAUAUAUGGGAUCAUGCAUUUUAUAGCGAGCUGAAGGUUGAUCCAUCCGAGUGUAAAAUUUUACUGACAGAUCCGCCACUCAAUCCUGUGAAAAACCGUGAGCAAAUGAUCGAGACAAUGUUUGAGAAAUACAACUUUUCUGGGGUCUUCAUCCAGAUCCAAGCAGUUCUUUCGCUAUAUGCUCAAGGCUUGCUGACUGGACUUGUCAUAGAUUCUGGUGAUGGUGUCACCCAUGUGGUGCCCGUGGUUGAUGGAUAUUCUUAUCCACAUCUAACGAAAAGAAUGAAUGUAGCUGGAAGGCAUAUCACAUCCUAUCUUGUUGAUCUACUCUCAAGAAGAGGGUAUGCUAUGAAUAAAUCUGCUGAUUUUGAGACAGUAAGAGAAAUAAAAGAGAAGCUAUGCUAUAUAAGCUAUGACUACAAACGUGAAUACCAGCUAGGACUUGAAACCACAAUUCUUGUUAAAAGUUACACUCUUCCAGAUGGAAGAGUAAUUAAGGUGGGCACUGAACGGUUUCAGGCUCCUGAGGCUCUUUUUACUCCUGAACUCAUAGAUGUUGAAGGUGAUGGGUUGGCAGAUAUGGCAUUCCAUUGCAUUCAGGAAAUGGACAUUGACAACCGCAUGACGCUUUACCAACAUAUCGUUCUUAGUGGAGGAAGUACCAUGUAUCCUGGUCUGCCAAGUCGGCUGGAGAAGGAAAUUCUUGAUCGCUACCUCGACGUGGUUUUGAAGGGAAACAAGGAUGGACUUAAGAAAUUACGCCUGCGUAUAGAGGAUCCUCCACGGAGAAAGCAUAUGGUCUAUCUAGGAGGUGCAGUACUUGCUGGAAUUAUGAAGGAUGCGCCGGAAUUCUGGAUCACAAAGCAAGAGUAUCAGGAAGAAGGUGUUGCCUGCCUAAGGAAGUGUGGACAAGCAUAACCAUGUACAAUGUGACAAUCGUGCCACCCUUGUUAUUACUGAAUGCAUACUAUUACUUUAAUUGGUAGAAAUAAUAGGACAAAUAGUAAUUACCUUGCCCAAGGAAGUUUUGUUGUUUGUCCUUCUGAUCCUCGUGAUUAAUAUGUGUACCAUAUAAUUCCUGUCGCACAAAUAGUAGGAACGGUACAUCUCGGUUGACCGCACCAAUCGACAGAUACUGCACAUUUUGUUAAUUUUUUAUUGGAUACUUUUUUUGUGGGGUAAUUUUUUACCGGAUACCUGACGUUAAAAGAAUGUGAUAUGUGGAAAGGUUUGA